AUGGCAGAACACAAUCAAGCUUUGCACUCGGAAGAUACCACGGGUGGAAUUGCAUAUGGUAAUCCCUCUUUGACCAACAUGAUUAAGGAGAACCAAGAGAGAGAUCAAGUAAUUGCCGGUCUUGCCACAAACAUUAAUGUGUUAACCAAGAUGUUCACUGAAAACCAAACUAAAAAGGUAAAUGUUGUGAAAGAUGUGCAACCCUUGUCAAACGAAGAUUGCGAGGAGGCAAACUAUGUCCAUAAUUCUCAAGGUAGUUAUCGCCAGCAAAAUCAAUGGAGGCCUAACCUGCAAAGGCAAGGCCAUCAGCAGUGGCGCAAUGAUCAAGGUGGAUCAAGUCAAGGUAAUUGGAGCAACAACAACAACUAUGCAAACCGGAGUUCAAACCCAUAUGUUCCACCAAAUGGGCAAUACUCUAACUCAUCGCAUUAUAAGGAAGGUUCUUCAAGUGAGUCCAAGUUGGAGAGCAUGCUUGAAAGAAUAUUGCGAAAUCAAGAAAGAGGCGACACUACAAUGAAAAACAUGGCCGAACUUGUGGGGUCACACACCGCAUCCAUACAAAAGCUAGAAAUACAAAUGAGAGAUUUUUCAAGAGAGCAUAAUCCAAAACCGAAGGGCACACUCCCAAGUGACACAAUUGCAAACCCUAAAGAAAAUGGGAGUGGUCCAAAUUCUCAUUGCAUGGCAAUCACCACGCGAAGCGGGAAGGUACUUCAAGGAGAAAACGAACAAAUAAUUGGAGUAGGUGAUCUUGAGCAAGAGGUUAAAGCACAAGUUGAAGUGCCGAUUGUUAUUGAAGUUGAAAAUCUCUCAAAAGGAGUAAAAGUCCAAGAAGAAAAUCAUGAAAAGGUAAAGGUGAAAGAGGCACCAAAAGCUCUAGCACAAAUUCCUAGACCUUCCCCUUCGUUCCCUCAAAGACUUGCUAGGAGGGUUGAUGAUAGCAAAUUCGAGAAAUUUUAUGACAUUCUCAAGCAAUUGUCGGUGAACAUACCAUUUGUGGAAGCCUUUCAAGAGAUGCCGGAUUUUGCUAAAUACUUAAAGGACUUGAUAACCAAGAAAAGGACCACCAAGAAUGAAGUGGUGAAUGUUACUCAUCGGGUUAGCUCCAUUAUUGCAACAACCACCGUUGAAAAUAAAGAAGACCCGGGAGCAUUCACCAUUCCAUGCACUAUUGGCUUGUGA